CCCUUCACUGUUCAUCCUAAUGCGGGCGCUGGUCAUGUCCGAGUUGCUGUAGAGCUUUGAAGUGCCGCCUCUUUCUGCUCUCUUGGUGUCUCGGAGCUCGAGGUUUCCAGAUCUGAAUCACAGCCCUGAAUACAAAGAGAAACCCGGCAGUGUGAGAGAUGUCCUCAACCUCGGCCAGAUCUGCGGCGCACUCGGGAAAGAUAAAGAAGGAUGAGUCUUUUCUCGGGAAGCUCGGAGGCACUCUGUCUCGCAAGAAGAAGGCAAAAGAAGUGAGUGACCUUCAGGAAGAGGGGAAGUAUGCCAUUAACGCUCCACUCCUCCCUGCCAGUACCGACCUGCUCCCGGAGGACAUGCUGCUAGAGGAAAAUGCUGAGAGGAUCAUGCUAGAUCCCACCUCUAGAGAGAAUCCCAAAUUUAAAGAUCUUCAGAAGGUUCUGAUCGAUUGGAUCAAUAAUGAGCUGGAAGAAGAGAGAAUCAUUGUUAAAGAUCUAGAAGAGGAUCUCUAUGAUGGACAGGUCUUACAGAAGCUGUUUGAGAAGCUGUCAGGACGUAAGUUGAAUGUAGCAGAAGUGACCCAAUCAGAAAUCGGUCAGAAGCAGAAGCUACAGACGGUACUGGAGGCAGUAAAUGAGUUGCUCCGACCUCAAGGAUGGACAAUAGAUUGGGGAGUUGAUUCAAUCCACUCGAAGAACCUGGUGGCCAUCGUGUUCUUGCUGGUGACUCUGGCUAUGCACUUUAUGGCCCCAAUUAGGCUCCCUGAACAUGUCGCUGUAAAGGUGGUGGUGGUGAAGAAAAAGGAGGGAAUCUUACACACGUCACGUAUAACAAAAGAACUAACAACUACCACAGAGAUGAUGAUGGGAAGAUUUGAGAGGGAUGCUUUUGACACCUUACUGGAUCAUGCACCUGACAAACUCAAUGUGGUCAAGACGUCUCUGAUCACCUUUGUAAAUAAACACCUAAACAAGCUGAAUCUGGAAGUUACUGAACUGGAGUCACAGUUUGCAGAUGGUGUGUAUCUGGUGCUGCUGAUGGGUCUGCUGGAAGGUUACUUUGUACCGCUGUAUAACUUUUUUCUCACGCCUGAGAGUUUUGAACAGAAAGUGCAUAAUGUUGCAUUCGCGUUUGAGUUGAUGCAGGAUGGAGGACUGAAGAAACCCAAAGCUCGACCAGAAGAUGUUGUGAAUUUGAACCUGAAGGCUACGCUGAGAGUCCUGUAUAACCUCUUCACUAAUUAUAAAAGUGCUGAUUGACAGAGGAAAGAAAGUUUCACUGCGGAUCACCGUUUUCCCUGUGCCUCACUGAUGCCACAUGUCACUGUUUGUAUAUAAAAACACAUAUUUACACAUGUUGCCUGACUGUUUAUGCUCUUAUUUAGAAAUGCUGCUGCUUUGUCAGAAAGCACUAAAUGUAACUCAAAUGCUAUUAUGCAUAAUUUGUGCAAACUAAGCUUGCUGCUCUCAACAGUGUUACGUUAGAGUACGAAAUGCUUGACUUUUUGGAUAUUAUGUUCUGUUUACACUGUGGAUUAUUCAAUGUAUAAUAUAUUAAAUGAAUAAUGUAUUCUUAUUAAACAUUAAUGUAUUUA